AUGUUGGCUCUCAAACGGUUUAUUUCAACUUCCAACAAGCUGAAGGGCGCAGCAGCUACUGCAGCCACUCGUGUAGCCACGGAUUCAGCCGUUGUACCACCGGUUUCCGCUUUGAAAAUGGCAUUGUCGCUUGAUGAACCCAGCAAUGAGUGGAGCAAACAGCAGUUACGGGAAAUCUAUAACACUCCACUGUUGGAAUUGGUACAUUCAGCUCAAUUGCAACAUCGCAAAUGGCACGAUCCUACCAAAGUGCAAUUGUGCACUUUGAUGAACAUCAAAAGUGGUGGCUGCUCGGAAGACUGUAAAUACUGCGCCCAGUCAUCUCGAUACGACACCGGAGUUCAGGCCGAAAAGCUUGUUGCGCUAGAUUCGGUGCUGAAGGAGGCAGAAGAAGCCAAGAAAAACGGGUCCACCAGGUUCUGCUUGGGAGCAGCCUGGAGAGAUAUGCAGGGUCGCAAAUCUGGGCUCCGCAAAAUCUCAGAAAUGGUAACAAAAGUCAAUGCUAUGGGGAUGGAAACUUGCGUGACCCUGGGUAUGGUCAACGAAGAUCAGGCAAAGCAGCUUAAGGAGGCUGGGUUGACCGCCUACAACCACAAUAUCGAUACCUCUAGGGAACACUACCCAAAGGUCAUCACAUCCAGAUCUUACGAUGAUCGUUUGAAUACCAUCAAAAAUGUGCAAACGGCAGGGAUCAAAGCCUGCACUGGUGGCAUCUUGGGAUUGGGAGAAACUGAAGAAGACCACGUCGGGUUUAUUCACACUCUUGCCAACAUGACCCCACACCCAGAAUCGCUGCCGAUCAAUAGGCUGGUUCCCAUCAAUGGUACUCCGAUGGCAGAAGAUUUGAAAAAAUCAGACGCCAAGAAGCUAAAGUUUGACGAUAUCCUAAGAACUGUCGCGACUGCGCGCAUCACCAUGCCACGCGCAAUCAUCAGGCUCGCAGCAGGAAGAUACACAAUGAAAGAAACAGAACAGUUCUUGUGCUUCCAAGCCGGUUGCAAUGCCAUUUUCACGGGUAAAAAGAUGUUGACCACCAUGUGUAACGGUUGGGACGAAGACAAAGCAAUGUUGGCCAAAUGGGGGUUGGAACCAAUGCAAAGUUUCGAAUACAACGCUGACCAAAGAGCCGUCGCGGCUCAAGGUUCAGCCUGA